CUCUGCUCUCGGGCUGUGCUCCCCCUCCCCCAUCUGUUCCUCUUCCUCUAGGGUGGGACUGUUCCUUCACUUGACCAACAUUAAUCUCAUGUCUCCCAUGAGAUUACCUGUAGGAAUGGGAAUGAAUUGGCCAGCUGAGCUCUAGGCCCGUCCCUGUGUAAUAUGCCCACCUCUCCUCGUCCUCUGAAGCCCACAGCCUUCACACAGCCCCCUCAGCUGUGGCCCACAUGCAGCCAGGCUCAUGGAGGGCAGCGAGCAGCGGUGCCCACCGUGAGUGGUGCCGUGGGGAGACGGGAUCUGUGUGGUGCUUGGAAAACAAGGGUGUGGUUCUGGCCCCAGCUUAAUGUGCUUAAUUCUCUCUACCCACUCAGAUUCCUUAUGGAGGGACAAAGGCCGCAGAAACAGCGUUGCUUGUGCUCCAUGGCCUGUGAUCAAGGUUCUGCUGCGCUUCUGAGGGAGCCAGGCCACUCGGGUGUGCGACAGGAAGACCCCACGGAAGCAGAUGGUUCCCCAGGACCAGCCCAACCCACAAAACCCGUGGCUUACGUGAAACCCAUGAGAAUCCAGACCCGGGCGUACGCACGCACAGCUCCUCCUGCAGGAAGAGGCCACCCUGCAGGAAGAGGCAGCCUCAGCAGGGCAGGCCCUCCAGAGGGAGCAGGUCGGCACAGGCAGCCGAACCACACCGAGGAGCCACGCCACCCCGUCAGACCAGCAACCAGCCUGGCCCCACUCUUCACUGUUCCGGAAGCUACAGCGCAGGGAGACCACAGCCUCCACCCCGCCCGGGAGCACAGGCCUGCCCUGGAGCAGCCGGCGCCACAGGUCUAUCUGUGCAUAGGUUUCAGCCCCUUAGCUGGCUCAACCUUGCGUGUCAGGCAGACCGCCUCCGGCACCCACGUGUUCGGACUUCCGGUGUUCUUUACCAAUGUCUUCCACUGACCUGGCUCCUGCCGUAGCCUUCUCUUCUCUUCCCCUGGCUCUUGCUAACCAAAUCCAAAACCCAUUGCUGCCCCGCCCCUCUGGCCCAUCCUCUAAGUUGUUCUGUCCAAGGGAGUCCCCGCUCCCUCCUCCCAGAUCCCAACCCAGCCGCCCUCUGCUCCCCACGCCCUGUCCUGCCUGUGCUUUAUUAAAGAUGCAUGUGUGCUCGGAGCUCAGUGCCUGUGAACGUGAAGUCAACAGUCUCCCCUUGUGCGGCCGGACGUCUUAGAACAGGGGACACAACGAAACAGAGAAAGUGCAUGCAAGGAAAUACAACUCACAGGGCAUUCAGAAGACUUUCCAACGAGUAUAACUAAUACCCUCAGAGUACUUAACAUACAAAGCCAGCUAGACACACUUGGGGCAAGGGGCAGGACUGUCGGAACACGAAAUUUGUAGUUAGAUAGGACUCAGGAGCCAAUCAGCCGCAGAGGGAGCCUGCUGGAACAAGGCAGAGUGCAGCUGUGACGGCUGAGCCCAUGCCAGUUAACUCCCACAGUGGGCCACAGAAGAACCUCCACCAUGAAGAGUGGAUCAUUUGGGUCAGAGCAGUAACACUGCCUCAUCAUUUCUCCCAAUGG